UUCUAGUUGGCCAUUUUAAAAACACUGUAGCAAGAGGCAAAAGACAGUAAGACAAACAACAAGACACAAAAGCCGUGCUGUAUGUAUGAGAUCUACUCACUCUCUCUUCCUCUAAUACACCUUCUUCACUCUUCAACGCUGGAUCACCGGAACACUCUCUUUUCCGGUCACCGGAACCACCGUCAAUUCCUAUGUUUCCGGAUCACUUACAUUCCUAACAAACUCACUCACUCUCAUUGAUUCAUCCAAAAUGUUUAGAUGGAGGAGUGAGAAAAACAAGGUCAAAGCCGUUUUCAAACUCCACUUCCAUGUCACUCAGGUGGUGCAAUCUGGUGUGGUUGAUUCUUUGGUACUUUCUAUAGUGCCUGGAGAUAUUGGGAAACCUACUACCAGAUUAGAGAAAGCGGUGAUUAACAAUGGAGUUUGUAAAUGGGAGAAUCCGGUUUAUGAAACUGUUAAGUUUAUUCGUGACCCGAAGAAUGGGAGAUUCGGUGAAAGAGUUUAUUAUUUUGUGAUUUCUACGGGUUUAUCGAAAGCUAGUACGUUUGGAGAUGUUUCUGUUGAUUUUGCUGAUUAUGCAGAAGCUACGAAGAUUUCAAAUGUUGCUCUUCCUAUCAAGAAUUCUCAUUCUGAUGCUGUCUUGCAUGUAUCGAUCCAGAGAUUACAAGAGAAUAAUGAUAAAAGAGAAGAAGAGGAGUGUGAGGAUACCAAAUUGAAACCUAAUGAUAAGAGUUUAAGAACUUAUUUAAGCAAUGGAGAUGCAGUUUCGCAGACUAAAAGUGAUUCUUCUGAAAUUUCACAGGAUGUGUCUGGCAAUGGAAACUCGGAAAGAGCUGGAUUGAGUGCUGAUUGUAGGACAUCUAGUGGAUCUGAUGUUACAUUGUCGAGUUCUGACGGAAGCUUUGGACUUGAUACUCCCCGAGAACUUGGACUACGAAAUACCAGCAUCCAUCCCACAAAAAUCGGUGUUCCUUCAGUUACUAACCACUUUUCUGAGGCUCAUAAGCCUGCGGUAAAUGCUUUAUCAUCAUUGUAUGAUGUACAUCAGAGAUCGUCACACUUCCGAGAUUCUUCAGGCGGGUCAGAGCAUGGUCUCAGUACGGAAGGUUCAAUACAUGGCUCUCACGAUGCUCUUCCUAGGGAAAGAUCCCAUCAGGCAUCCGAUAUAGAGUAUGAAAAGCUCAAGGCUGAGGUUACUGUUUUGGCAAGGCAGGUGGAUGUGUCAGACAUGGAACUUCAGACUCUUCGGAAACAAAUCGUAAAGGAAAGUAAAAGAGGGCAGGAACUUACAAAGGAAGUUAUCAGCUUGAAAGAGGAAAGAGAUACACUCAAGAUAGAAUGCGAAAACUUCAAGUCUUUUCGCAAACGAAGGGACGAUGCCAAAGUGAGUAGCAGGUCACUAAUGGAAAGCGGGGAUCUUCAUACUCUUGUUGAAGAAAUCAGACAAGAAUUAAAUCACGAGAAGGACAUGAAUGCAAAUCUUAGACUACAGUUAAACAAGACACAGGAAUCAAAUGCUGAACUAGUUCUCGCUGUUCAGGAUCUCGAUGCAAUGUUGGAGCAGAAAAAUAGCGAAAUACUUAGUCUUUCCAGUAAUUACAAACAGACUAAAAACUCGCAUGGUUUUGGGAGAAGCGUCUCUAAUUGUGAAACAGAUGAUGAUGAACAAAAGGAAUUGGACGAGCUUGUUAAGAAUCAGAACAGUCCCAAGGAGACACACUUACUCGAGAAAAAAAUCACGGAUCUCUACGGUGAAAUAGAGAUGUAUAGGCGAGACAAAGAUGAGUUAGAGAUGCAGAUGGAGCAGCUUGCACUAGACUAUGAAAUUUUGAAACAGGAAAACCAUGACAUUGCAUAUAAGCUGGAACAAAGCGAACUGCAAGAACAGUUAAAAUUACAGUAUGAAUGCUCUCCUCCUCCUGGCAUAGACGAAUUUGAAACGCAUAUCCAGAAUCUGGAAAAUCAACUCAAGAAACAGUCGGAAGAAUUCUCAAAUUCUUUGGAAACCAUCAAGUCUCUUGAGAACCAAAUUCACAUAUUAGAGGAGGAACUGGAGAAACAAGCACAAGGAUUUGAAUCUGAUUUAGAUUCAGUGACACAUGACAAGGUUGAGCAAGAGCAGAGAGCGAUUCGAGCAGAGGAAGCUUUGCGAUGCACCAGACUUAAAAAUGCUAAUACUGCAGAGAGGCUUCAAGACGAAUUUAGAAAGCUAUCAAUGCAAAUGGCCACGACAUUUGAGGCAAAUGAGACGGCCACCAUGAGAGCGCUUAGGGAAGCAAGUGAACUUCGCGUGCAGAAAAAACUACUGGAGGAAAUGCUGCGUAAUGUCAAAGAAGAGCUUCAGUCAGUCAAAGCUGAUUAUGAAGUAAAAGUGAAUGAACUUUCCGACAAAAUAGAUACCAUGACAGUUCAGAUGCAACAGAUGUUGCUGGAAAUUGAUGACAAGUCCAUGCAACUUGAGAAUCAGAAAAAGCACGAUGAACUUGUUGGCAGGGAUUUCCAGUUGCUAAAAGCUGAGAAUGAAAAGCUUACAGUGGAAAUCUCAUGCUUAUCUGAGCAAGUAAAACAAAAAGAAGUCUCAAGUUCUGACUUGGAACUUAUGAAGAAAUCACUCGAGGAAUAUGAGACCCUCUUAAAUACUCAAAAGGAAGAGAGAAACGAGCUUGUGAGUACAAUUUCCCUGUUGAAGAAGGAAGCAGAACAGUCACUUGAUGAGCUAAAUAGGACGAGGCAUCUCAAAGACGAAGAAGAGAAAGUGGGUAAACUCUUGCAUUCAGAGUUAGAAGCACUUAAAGCUCAAUAUAGUGACCUGGAACGUUCUCAUAUUGAUGAUGAGACUGAGAAAGAAAUACUAAGAAAGCAAAUAUUCCAACUUAACGGUGAACUGAAAAAGAAGGACGAUGCAUUAGCUGAAAAAAGUACUUUAAUUUCUCAGAACUCCAAAGAAAUGACAAACCUGAAAGAGAAAAUACAAACGCUCAAGGACCAGAUAAAGUCAAAAGAUAUUGCCUUGAAAAAAUCAGCAUCUUCACUUUUUGAGAAGGAAAGGGAGCUUCAAUCCAAAAUUGCGGAACUGGAGGACAAAGUGGAGGAACUCAAUCAAAGCAUCAAGGUUGCCGCGGAUAGGAGUUUUACUACUACAAAUGAUACUUCAUGCGCCUUGGAUGAAAAUGACGCGGUAGUGUCAUCACUCAAGAGUCACGCACAUUUGUCCGAGAAAGAAGCAGAAAUACCAGUAGUGGGUAACAACGGCGAUAACCGACUCAGUGAUGUUUUAACUGAAUUAUCAUCAUUGAAAGAAAAAGACAUCUCAAUGAGAACUGAACUAAAAGAGUUACAAGAAAGAUACUCAGAAAUGAGUCUCAAAUUUGCAGAAGUAGAAGGUGAAAGACAAAAGCUUGUCAUGACAGUAAGAAGCCUCAAGAACGCUAGGAAGCACUAAAAUUUCCUUCCUGCUAUUGUAUAGUUGCAGCAUCGAAACACUUUCAAAUGAAUAAUUUAAUGUGUGCCAAGUUAUAUAUACAUCUUAUUCCUUUUUUCUACUCCUUUUAUAGAGUUAUCAUAGCAGUUUGACAGAGUUUGUAAGGUUUAUAAGUAUUGCUUAGUUACCAAUAGUGCUCUCUCUCACUACAAUAUUCCAGUUAGAUCUGGUGAUGAUUUGUUUUUUUUUUUUUUUGAGGUUAUAUAAUAAUAUUCUUUUAUUGUACUAUCCUUUAGUUGAUAUAAUACA